AAAGAGGCAGAUAUAGCCUACCAAUAAAAUUUUCCUGGCUACUAAAUAAAAAAAGGAGCAAGCAGAAAGGCAAUUAAGGCAUAGGAAAACCAAAGGAAGCUCAACUUAACAAAAAACAAAACCACUCGUUAUAACAACAACAGCAACACCAAGAGCCAACCUUCAAACAAAAUGAGUAAAAAACCUACAGUCGGACCCGCGCUCCACAAAGUGAUAAUGGUGGGCAGCGGCGGUGUUGGCAAAUCAGCAUUAACACUACAAUUCAUGUACGACGAAUUCGUGGAAGAUUACGAACCAACCAAAGCAGAUAGUUAUAGAAAAAAGGUCGUUUUAGAUGGCGAAGAAGUACAAAUAGAUAUAUUGGAUACUGCCGGACAGGAGGAUUACGCUGCCAUCAGAGAUAAUUAUUUUCGCAGUGGUGAGGGUUUCCUCUGUGUCUUCUCAAUCACAGACGACGAAAGCUUCCAAGCAACACAAGAAUUCAGGUGA